GAUAACAACAAUAUUGGAUCUGUCCAUCUGCCUGGGUUACUCUGUCUCUCUCGCCUAUCAGCUGGGCCCUCUCCCAUGACACUGGAAAGGGAGCUCGCGUGUUCAGAGGUGCGACGGUUGCUGUUGUUAUCGCGUCCCAUAUGGAUAAAACCGAAUGCGUGCAGGUCACACUAAAGUGUGUUAAAUACGCUUAUUCACAUCGUUGUGCUUUUUCGAUUAACCUAUUGUUUUGAAUACCUGCUGUUAACGUCUAUGUACAAACUUCUGCCUGUUAGUACACGUGUGUGACCGUGAGUGUUGUUGCACCACACGGAAGCAUGUCGCAGGAAAACCAAAGCUUGUCAAGUCAUGGCUUCACUGUGCUCUAUCGGCUCUCACCAGCUAGCACCGUGGUGACACCUUCGCCAGUAGCACUUGAACAGCUUGUCGCUGCAGGGCUAGCUGAACUUUCCGAUAAACCUGAUGGCAAACUGGACGAUAUUCGGGUAACACGAGGCGGCUACAUGGCAGAAUUCCUCCCAUUGCAGUUACCCACCCGUCAAAUGACAGUACUAACUGCCCGACAGGGUCCAGUUACUACCAAAGUCCAAACCGGAGGCAAACACUUUGGCAAGUUUGACGACUACGGAGGUUAUUUCGAAAGGACCAAUUUUGUGGGAAUUUUUCUAGUAAAAGUUGGUCCUGUCGUGCAGGAGGAGACGGCAGCAACAUCAAACCUUGCUUUAAGCUCGGGGCAAGCGCGAGCAGACGUAUCUAUUUCCUUCACGCCAACUGUUACUCCGAAAGAGAAGCUGCCUAAGCCUUCACCAACUGCCGAUCGAAAAAAACAGCUUUACCGCAGUCUGUUUGAUGAAGAUGAGGAGGCGGAUUCAGCCACAGAUUCAAGUUUCAAGGAGAAUACAAAGAUGCGGAGAAAAAAAAGCCAGGAGAAUAAGGACACCAGCCGUGGAGAUAAUUCGCGAGAGGAACGGCAUUCGCGCCAGUCUAAACAGGAGUUGCUAACUGAUCACAAAAGCAUCGGACAGCGUCAUGAUGUUCCAGUUGAACCGUACUCCCCCUCACGUCACAGCCAGUUCACUGAAUCGGAUGAAAUCACUGCCCCCAGUUAUCAACCCACAGCCAAAACGAACAAGAAACUUGUAAAGAUCGUCGAGUAUGUACCCGAGUAUGUUCCAGCGAGUUCAUAUAGCCAGGGAGGCCCUGUUGGUAAUAAUGACGCCGUAAAGGAAUACGUGCCUACAAAACUGUCCAAGAUAUCCGCAUCACUUGGGAGAAUUCCGAAGAUAUCUGCGUAUGUGCCUCAGCCAACACAGUCAGCGCCAAUUGAUGGACAAGCUUGUCCGACUUACAAGCCGGGUGCGCUACGACGUGUAGCAGGUGGUCCCGCAGCAGAAACAUCAGCAGAUGAAUACGAGCCUGCGAUGCCACCUGGUCAAUAUCACCAUUUUGCCUAUAAACCCAGCACUCAACGAUCUAGUCGCAGACCGGAUGACGAUGAUAAUCCAAAUGGAAGUUUGUCGUCCCUCUAUGAACCUACAGGGGGUGAAUCUGGUUCGGUUAUGUUAGAGUAUCACCCAUCCCGAAUUUUGAAACCAGUGAAGGAUGUAGACCCGGACGAGCACGUCAAAUUACGAUCGCGUAGAAGCAAUCUCAGUUCUUCGCCAUCUCCGCUACCAGAAACAACAACAGCUCCCAAACGAAAAGAUACCGAGUCAGCCGGACGAACCGUACGGCAACAGUCAUUCCAUCCAUGUCAGCGGAUUGGCGGAGUCCCGGAAAAAUGCCUUAUGCCGGAGGAGUGCUUCGACUGGUGCUCCGGUAUCCUACAGGACCGGUUUGUACCACAACAACCAGAUGGAUGUUACAUUGUGUCGGAUGAGCAAAGUGAGUUUGAUAGCCAGAUUCGAAAUGCUGGGAAUGUGCGUAAUCUUGAAGAUGAUCACAUCAGGUUCGUGUUCUAUCGCCUCGAGAAUCAUCUUUUGGAUAUUCCUCGUGGCAAUCCGAACGACUUUCACAAAUUGUUUAUGGCUGACCACCGAGAUGUACUCAGGUUUACCCUGCCAAUAAAGGCUUUUAAACAAUGUCAACAAACAUUGGUCCGGAAUCUACUUAGUGACAACUUCAGCGCUCGACGUGGAUUUGACAUACAAUACGCUAUUCUGGUCCUCAUGCCCGAAGUGCUCAUUCAUUUGCACAUGGCCGUACAUGGCAGCUCAUACGCUGAUAGCUGGAAGGUUCUCGAUCCGGGAGUUUACAACUGGCCAGCUGUACUAAAUCUUAUCAAGGGAUCUACCUUCUGACUAACGAAUUUGUUCGUAGUGCCGUUUUAUUUUGAAGCAAUUAGAUAUUCUGUGCUGCCUUUACUCAAAAUAUUUAUCUGUGCUUCUAGUGCUACAUGAAACAGCGAAGCUGAUGACGCUUUUGCAGUGAUACAUCCUAUGCAUUUGCUCCUGAUGAAGAUAAGUUCGAGAAGAAUAUUUGUGGCACUGAUAUGAGCUCAUCCUAAGCGAGUCAAUUAACCCUAACUCCUGGUCAUCAAAAGCAAGAGAGUGCUUUUGGUACUUGUUAAGUUAGCAUAUGGAAUAAAAUUGUGAAUUAUUCUGAAAAUUUAUUGGAUGUGAGCCCACUUCAACUAAGCCAUAAUUAGCAUUAUUUUACUACUACUACUACUGUAGCUGACAUCGUUUUAUGCUUUGGUUGAAAUUUCAGCAUAUCGGGCUAAUGUAUUUGCUGCUUAAAGGUAUCAAAGGUUAUUACUUGUAUGGACUAGGUGCAUUUAAGGAUUCUGUAUAUGUAGUCAUGUAAAAAAUUAUCAGUAUGAAGUGAUUACACAUAGUAGUAGCCCUUACAAAACAAAAGCAGCGUGAUGUAUGUUAAUAGUUACUGUGAAAUUGAAUAUCCGAACGCAAUUCCGAUUUAUUUUAUCUACUAAACCUUUUUGGAUUUAGUGCGGCAUAUUCUAUCUAAAUCGUUUUAAGGUACAUAGUGCGGUCACUUUGGGUAAACUUAGAAGUGUUGUAUGUAGAAAAAAAAUAUUGUAAUCCAUACCUGAUAGCUUCUAGCAACAAACACAUUAAAGGUGCAAUGUAGCAACGUCGCAUCACAACGGCGGCGACAAGGUAUGGAGCCCAACAUAGUUAUUGAGUGAUACAGGACUUCGUAAUAGACUAUGUUCUAGUCUAGGGCUUUUGAAAACAAGCCGAAUUAUUUACAAUAUUGCAUUACUCGAAUACGCCAAAAGAAUUGCUCAUAUUGUGAAUGCUUGGUGAGACUAAUUCAUACAUAUUUUAAGAUCAUACAUAUGAGUCCCAGAGAUCGAAUUGGCAGGCCCUACGUGUAAAUAUCAAGGAUAAAUCAAGCGGGUCAUUCGGAAUAUAACAUUAUCUAUCCAUGGAGAUCCAUAUGGGAGUGUUUUAUGAAAUUAUAUAUAUUCUAUAUAGAUUGUUUAAUAAAUAACGUAA